CCCGGCAGAGACGGCCCCGGACGGGGGAGGGCUGGGAGCUGUGGCCGGUGGAACCGGCCGUCUGUGGGGCGUCCGCCGUUCUUGCCGGGGCCUGUCCUUCAGGAGGGCAGGGACCGGACUGGAAAGCGGGCUUGAGGACUCGAGGGCGAGGGCGAGGCGCGGCCCGUCGGGUGGGCCGGAGUGUUCACCGCGGUCCCCGCGCUCUCGGGGCGGCCCCAUGGCGGCCCGCGCCCUGGGCGCGCGGCUGUGGGCCCCGGCGGGCGCGCUGGCCGCGCUGGCCUGCUGUUUGCGCGCGCGGCGGGCGGCCCCGGGCGAGCUGCGCCCCGAGGCGCGCGGCCACCUGGAGCUGAAGCAGGUGCAGGUGGUGUUCCGGCACGGCGCGCGGAGCCCGCUGCGGCCGCUGCCCUGCGCGGGCCAGGUAGAGUGGAACCCCCAGCUAUUAGAGGUCCCACCCCAAACUCAGUUUGAUUACACAGUCACCGAUCUAGCUGGUGGCCCGAAACCACAUUCUCCUUAUGACUCUCAGUACAGCAGGACGACCUUGAAGGGGGGCAUGUUGGCUGGGCAGCUGACCAAGGUGGGCAUGCAGCAGAUGUUUGCCCUGGGAGAGAGGCUGAGGAAGAACUAUGUCGAAGACGUCCCCUUCCUUUCGCCAACUUUCAACCCGCAGGAGGUCUUUGUUCGCUCCACCAACAUGCAUCGGAAUCUGGAGUCCACUCGCUGUUUGCUGGCUGGGCUUUUCCAACGUCAGAAAGAAGGACCUGUCGUCAUCCACACUGUGGAGGCAGGCUCGGAAGUGUUGUACCCCAACUACCAAAGCUGCCAGAACCUGAGGACGAGGGUCAGAGGCCGGAAGGAGGCUGCUACUUCGCAGCCACAGAUCUCAGAGGAUUUGAAAGAGGUGAAGGAAGGGAUGGGCCUCGACAGUAGCAUCGAAGUGGACUUCUUCAUUCUCUUAGACAAUAUGGCUGCUGAACAGGCACACAGCCUCUCGAGCUGCCCCACACUGCAGAGAUUCGCCCAGGUGGUUGAGCAGAGGGCCGUGGACACGGCCUUGUACGUCCUACAGCGGGAAGACAGGGAAAGCCUUCAGAUGGCAGUGGGCCCAUUCCUGCACAUCCUGGAGAGCAGCCUGCUGACCGCUGUGGACCCCGCCACUCCGCCCAGCGAGAGGAGAAAGCUAUACCUCUAUGCAACUCAUGAUGUGACCCUCAUCCCUCUCUUAAUGACCCUGGGGAUUUUUGACCACAAGUGGCCCCCAUUUGCUGUCGACCUGACCGUGGAACUCUACCAGCACCAGCAAUCCCAGGAGUGGUUUGUGCAGCUCUAUUACAACGGGGAGAUGGCAGACAGACCUCGUGGGAGCCACUGUGCCGGGUUGCUUCUGAGUUCAGAUCUUCAGAUCUGGUGACCAAUCCCCGAGGUAGAUAAAGAAGCUGUAAAGGUAACUGCAGACAUCAUCUAGGAGAAAUUCAAAUACUCUGAUUCCCAGACUCGGAGAACCAAAGUACUCUGUUUUUAAAUCCACCGUGGACUCCAGAAUCUGAAGACGGGGAAGACCCCCAGAAGAGUCUAGAGUAGACUUGUAAAGAGAAGUCUCUGAGCAGUGAUCCUCAUCCGGAAUCAGUACCUGGCUGAUGGGUUUCCAUGUUCCUUUGGGCUGAUAGACCAACAGGAGAAGGAUUCCAGGGAAUUUGAUGAGAUCUUUCAGUUAGGCCACGCUGGCCGGCCUGACCUGCGAGCAGCUUCCGUUUCUUCUUCUGUGCUGUGCCCGUGCCUGUAAUCACUUAUUCCACGUCCAACUUCUUCACGAGACUCUGAACUUGGUGAGAGAGGGCUAGAACGAUCCCUGGCUGCUUUACUGUGUCUGAAGCGCCUACCCUUGUAGGUACCGAUUAAAAUAAUAAAUACAAGAACUAAUUA